AAACCCUAGCCCCCCCGCAGCCGCAGCGGCGCUCCCCUUCCCACCACGGCGGCGGCGAAGAUGGCGACCCCGACGGCGGCGACCCCGACGGCGCGCACGGUGAAGGACGUCAACCCCCACGACUUCGUUAAGGCCUACUCCGCCCACCUCAAGCGCUCCGGCAAGAUGGAGCUUCCGGAGUGGGUUGACAUUGUCAAGACUGCAAGAUUCAAGGAGCUCCCACCCUAUGAUCCUGACUGGUACUACACCAGGGCUGCCUCAAUGGCAAGGAAGAUCUACCUGAGGCAGGGUAUUGGUGUGGGUGGCUUCCAGAAGAUCUAUGGUGGGCGCCAGAGGAACGGUGCCCGACCCCCACACUUCUGCAAGAGCAGUGGUGCUGUUUCUCGCAACAUCCUGCAGCAGUUGAAGAAGAUGGGCAUCAUCGAUGUUGACCCCAAGGGCGGAAGACUCAUCACCUCCCAGGGAAGGCGUGAUCUUGAUCAGGUUGCUGGAACUGUUGCCCUGAGCGAUUGAAAAGCUCUUAAUGCAUGUUUCGUAGUAGAGUUGAACUACAGUUUUGGAUCAGGAUAUAUCCUGCUUUUGUUUAUUGAAGUAAUUGGAAGUAGAUGCAUCCUGUGCUAUAUUUUCUAAACUUCAAAAUUAACUGCCAGAUCUUGUUCUUGGACAUCUUAGUGCUUCUGAGUUCAUGUGAUCAAAUCAAUUGUUCUGCUUUAUCUGUUUUAAGGAUACUGCUAUUGUGCUAUGCUUUGGUCCCAGAUAAUCCGAUUCUUCUUUCAUGGGGCUCGUGCAACAGUUCCCUUGUUUGCUU